UCAGCUCGUUAUUGUGGUAAACAGGUACAGAGGAAUGGCACGCGGCGCGUCUCUGACAAACUCACGGCGCUUCACGAGCGCACGGAACGAGGACACCCAGUGUCUCUGACCCACUUCAUUGGAUGUUAUAACUCCGGAUGGGAUAUAUGCUUUCUGCCCCAUUUCUGUUUCUCAAAACCACCUCUUGCUCUUUGUUUUUGAACAUUUUGUUUUGCGAUCACCCGGCACACUUCCCUCCCGAUACCAUUCCCACCCCUGUCAUCACCACUUCAGCACCCAGACCUCUCUCAUUCCGCAUCUGCACCCAGCUCUCGCUUCGGGCGGAUCCUCCGGUCAUCCUGAAACAGCUGCUUCAUGGGGCACACUUCUGGAAAAUGUCCCUCUCUUGGCUUUUAAGCUUACCUGCAAAGUUGAUAUCAUUAAGAGCAGGGCUGCCGUUGCGCGUCUCUGAACUGCGUCCGGGGAACUGAAAUGGGUUUCUCGGUGUCGGCGGCCCUGCACGAGCCCCGAAGUCCGCAACAGUGGAGCCGGAUGGUGGGACAGUGGGCAUGGAUUGCGGUCUUGUCAUUUCUUGCCACUUUCCCGGUGCAACAACUUGGCGCGUUCCCGUCCUCUCUUAGCGACUGUCAGACUCCAACUGGCUGGAAUUGCUCGGGUGAUGAUGACCGGGACACAGAUCUAUUCCUUUGUGACACCAACACAUGCAAGUUUGAUGGAGAAUGUCUCAGAAUUGGGGACAUAAUAACAUGUAUAUGCAACUUCAAGUGCAACAAUGAUUAUGUUCCAGUGUGUGGCUCCAACAAUGAAAACUAUGAAAAUGAGUGUUUUCUUCGGAGAGAUGCCUGCAAACAGCAGACUGAAAUUCUGGUGGUCUCUGAAGGGUCCUGCCCUGCUGAUGCUGGUUCGGGAUCAGGAGAUGAAGCAGGGAAUGAGGGUUCAGCGGAGAAUGGACAGAAGGAGACGUCCACCUGUGACAUUUGCCAGUUCGGGGCCGAGUGUGAUGUGGAUGCGGAAGAUGUCUGGUGCGUCUGUAACAUCGACUGCUCCCACAUUAGUUUUAACCCCGUGUGUGCAUCAGAUGGCCGUUCCUAUGACAACCCCUGCCAGGUCAAAGAGGCAUCAUGUCAGAGGCAGGAGCGAAUCGAGGUCAAAUUCCUGGGUCACUGUCAGGGCGACAUGAUAACAGGCACGAAAGCAGGAGAUGGACAGUAUGCCAGGACAGACUACACAGAGGAGAAGCCUGAAGUAUCGGAGGUGGCGAGGGGUCUGUACAUUCCCUGCCCUGAACACUAUAAGAACUAUUGUAUACAUGGAGACUGUGAAUAUCCUAACAUGCUCUCUACACCAUCCUGCAGCUGUCAUUCAGGAUUCAGCGGUCCGCAGUGUGAUACCAAGGAGUAUAAUGUGCUGUAUGUGGUGCCUGGUUCCGGAAAGCUCCGUUACGUUCUCAUCGCGUCUGUCAUUGGAGCUCUGCAGGUGGCCAUCAUAUGUGUAGUGGUGCUGUGUAUCACCCGGAAGUGCCCUCGGACCAACAGAAUCAACCGACAGAAGCAGAACACAAUGCACUACAACUCUGAAAACACCCUGCGCGCUUCCACUCGCCUCAUUUAAGUGCUGGGAGCAGAGAAUUAUGGGAAACAUAGUUUGGACAGAGAACAGACAACAAACAUGCACUCUCCGUCCCCUGUACAGAGACAUUGCAUCCUACGGGAUGAUGGAACAGAGGGGAGAAGGAGGAAUUGGUGCAGAUUUACCGGAGGGCGAUGGGUUCUACACGCGAUGCCUUGCACCUGUGGCACAGGACACAAACAGAGAAUUUUAGGACACCAUGAUAGGACAAGUCCUGUUAUUUGGUUAUGUAUAGGUAAUAUUUCCAAUAGUUAAUUUGUUUGUCUUGAUGGGGUCCUUUUUCUGUAAUGUAAAUAAAUAAUUUAUAUCACAAA